CAAGGAGGCGGGAGCGCGCCGUGGGUAGAAGUACAGUGCAGAGCCGGCGGCUGGGGGCUUUAGAGGCCAGCCUGUUCCCUGCAAGCAUUCAGCAGGCGGAGCCUCGCGCUUGGAGACCCGGCUUCGUAAAGCUGGCGGCCUCAAGAACCUGUGAAGAGUCAGUUCUUGGUGAAAAAGCAUUGAGACAGGAGCCAGACCCACCUCUUCACUAAUUUGAUAUUGUGCAAGUCAUCUUACCUCUCUGGAUCUCAGUUGCCUCAUCUGUAAAAAGGAGAUAGAAAUUCUUUACCUGUUUGAAGAUGAAGUGGAGGACCAUCCUUCCACAGUGUUGUUUUCUCCUGGUUACGUGUGCACUUACUGCUCUUGAAGCUGUGCCUAUAGACAUAGACAAGACAAAAGUGAAAAGUACUCAGCCUGUGGACAGUGCAAAGAUAGAACCACCAGAUACUGGACUUUAUUAUGAUGAAUACCUCAAGCAAGUGAUUGACGUGCUGGAAACAGAUAGUCAUUUCAGAGAAAAGCUCCAGAAAGCAGACAUAGAGGAAAUAAAGAGUGGGAGGCUAAGCAAAGAACUGGAUUUAGUAAGUCACCAUGUGAGGACAAAACUUGAUGAACUGAAAAGGCAAGAAGUGGCAAGGUUAAGAAUGCUGAUUAAAGCUAAAUUAGAUUCUUUUCAAGAUACAGGUAUAGACCACCAUGCUCUUCUAAAACAAUUUGAUCAUCUAAACCACCUGAAUCCUGACAAGUUUGAAUCUACAGAUUUAGAUAUGCUAAUCAAAGCGGCUACAAGUGAUCUGGAACACUAUGAUAAAGCUCGGCAUGAAGAAUUUAAAAAAUAUGAAAUGAUGAAGGAACAUGAAAGGAGAGAAUAUUUAAAAACACUGAGUGAAGAAAAGAGAAAAGAAGAAGAAUCUAAAUUUGCAGAAAUGAAGAAAAAACAUGAAAAUCACCCUAAAGUUAAUCAUCCAGGAAGCAAAGAUCAACUUAAAGAAGUGUGGGAAGAGGCUGAUGGAUUGGAUCCUAAUGACUUCGACCCCAAGACAUUUUUCAAAUUACAUGAUGUCAAUAGUGAUGGCUUCCUAGAUGAACAAGAAUUAGAAGCCCUAUUUACUAAAGAGUUGGAGAAAGUAUAUGACCCCAAAAAUGAAGAGGAUGAUAUGGUAGAAAUGGAGGAAGAAAGGCUUAGAAUGAGGGAACAUGUAAUGAAUGAGGUUGAUACUAACAAAGACCGAUUGGUGACGCUAGAGGAAUUUUUAAAGGCUACAGAAAAAAAGGAAUUCUUAGAGCCGGAUAGCUGGGAGACAUUGGACCAGCAACAGUUCUUCACAGAGGAAGAACUGAAGGAAUAUGAAAAUCUUAUCUCCGUACAAGAAAGUAAACUUAAGAAAAAGGCAGAUGAGCUUCAGAAACAAAAAGAAGACCUACAACGUCAGCAUGACCAACUUGAGGCUCAGAAGCUGGAAUACCAUCAGGUUGUACAGCAGAUGGAACAAAAAAAAUUACAACAGAUUUCCCCAUCAGCACCUGGUGGAGAAUCAAAGAUCUAGCCACCUGUAAAGUAAAUAAAGAAGAAACUGAAAAAGAGGCAGAGUUAGAUGAUGAUUUUUAUAAUUUUCAUGCAAGAUUUGUGUCUCCUGAAAAAGCUGCUAGAGAAGAUCAUCUUUACCCUUAACCAAGUAUGUCAACUUGAUACUUUAAUGCUUUUGUUUUGUUGGAAUUGAGAGACUAAGGUGUAUUCAGUAAAAUGCAGAGUUCCUGUGGAUGAUAAAAUGGAAGACUGUAAUGACAGCUUGUUUUCAAGGUAUGAGAUUUGAAGGAAAUCAGAAAUUUUCUUUGCUUUUUUUUUCUUUAACACAAUAUCAUUAGCAGAACUUCAGUCUUUCCAUACUGUUUUAAUUAAUCAAUUAGUUAAUGAAAAUGCAACAACUUAGAUCUAAUAAAUGGCAAUUUUUUCCA